UCAGUUCGGUCGUGCAGUGUGCGUGCGUGUGCGUUGCUGACAGCAGCGCCAGGCAAUCGCAGCAAACGUCUUUUUUUCCUCUCUCUGCCUUUGUUGAUGUGUGUGUGUUUGUGUGCGCGCUGUGGCGGUGUUAUUAUUAAAUUAUAAGGAAAAACGGGAAACGGGAUUUGGGGUGGACGGAAUCGGGACCGAAAAAAAAUCCUUCGGUGCACCGUGGAUAGCGGUUCGGUUGUGGUGCUCGAUUGGAAGUUUGACGAUCGAUUGAGGGUGGAAUUCCGGAGGCAAGAUGCCAUAGCUGUGGCAGCGAGCUGCCAGCUGCCAGCACGACCUACGGAAUGACCUGUUCCGUCGUCGCGGAGGAGGAGCUUUAGCGAAACUCUAAGGAGGGGGAAACCCACCGGGAACCCAGUUCCGGAAAGGCUCCUGCAGCGGAAUCUAGUCAUCCGCGAAGGCGAAGAAACUUCCGGAUUAGGGGAAAAUUGCAAAAUUUCCCAACUUCCCAAGGAAGAAAGAAGACGACGACGAGGUGUGUGUUUGUGUGUGUGUGUGUGUGAGAGAGAGUGAGAACUAAACGGAACGGAACGAAAAAGUUGUUUUUGUUUUUGCAACACUCACUGACACUGCCGCCUGGCUGUUAUUGAUUGGUUCUUGAAGGAAGGAAGAGCAGGCAGCAGCGGCAGUAGUGAGGACGAAGGAAUCCAGCAAGUGCGCGUAGAGGAAUUCGGAUCCAGAGCGUCAGCCAUGGCUACCAGCAGCCAGGAUUACGGAUACCUGACCGGAGCGGACGAGCUGAACAACGAGGAAAGCCCGUGCUGCCGAUUGCGAAUAAAAGUCAUCGCCGGCCAACAGCUGGCCAAAAAGGACAUCUUUGGUGCCAGUGACCCGUACGUCCGGAUCGACCUGAACACGAUCGCCGGCGACGAGAACAUCGACUCGGUGCUCACCAAAACGAAGAAGAAGACGCUGAACCCGCGCUGGAACGAGGAGUUCGUGUUCCGCGUCAAGCCGAACGAGCACAAGCUGGUCUUUCAGGUGUUCGACGAGAACCGGCUGACGCGGGACGACUUCCUCGGCAUGGUCGAGCUGUCACUGGCCCAGCUGCCGAAGGAGACCGAGGGCGCGCAGAUUCCGCCCAAGAGCUACCCGUUGCGGCCGCGCAGGUCAGUAGGUGCUCGCUCGAAGGUGCGCGGCCAGCUGGAUCUGUACCACGCGUACAUUCAGGACCAGAACACUCCCGCCGGGGAGGCCGACUGGGAAAUCAUCGAAUCGAAUAACUCAAUCUCUAGUAAUACCAACGUGGUCGCAAGCCGCCCGGCCGAUAUACUGCCCUCGGGCUGGGAGGAGCGCCAGGAUGCCAACGGACGGACCUACUACGUGAACCACCUGGCCCGGUCGACGCAGUGGGAGCGACCCACCGCCGUCUUGACCCAAUCAUCCCAGGACACCGACAUGGCAGCCGCCUUCCAGCGACGUGUUCACAUCAGCGUGGAUGACAACAUUACGGAGGACAACGCAGACACCGACAACGACUCGAUCAGUCUGACCAACGACGAAACGGAAGAGGAAGACGACGACGAUCCGCCACCUUCCGUGCAGGAAGUUGUGGCGGCCGCUUCGUUGGUCACUUCCUCUUCGCUCGAUCGUCAGGACACGGUCGACUCCCUGGUCAUCGAGGAAGCGUCCGGUCGGGAGGAACCGGUGGCGCCGCCCGAGGACGAAGUCGGCCUUGACGCGCUCAGCGCGGACCUCGCGGAUGAUCACGAAGAGUCCAGCAACGCAAGCCUCACGUCCGAGGUGGCGGCCCUGCGGUUGGACACUUCGUUGAACAGCUCGGCAGCUUCGCUGCUUCCGGCGAUCACGGAGUCAACGCCAAGAAAUGACCCGGACCAAGGAGCCGUGGUGUUCCGGUCGGACUCGCUGCGCUCGCUGCCGACGAUCCGGGUCAGUUCGCCACCGCAGCUUCCGGCCGCGCUGGUGCGCAGCCCGAGUCGGGUAGCUUCGGUGGCGAACCCCGGCGUAGCCAGCAUCAACCGAAGAAGAAGACUUCCGUCGGCACUGCCAGCGAUCGUGCGAUCGCGACCGGUGACGAUCCAACCCAGAAGCCCGGAAGAUCUACCGCCGCCGUCCCCGGAAAGCGUUCCGGAACUGUUCGAGGAAGAGGGAGAUGAUGGUUCCGCCGGAGAGGAUGGUGACCACGCGGCGCAGAACCGGAUACUGCAGCACCUCAGCGAGAGCAGUCGUCGCUCCUCGAGCCGUUCGUCGAUCGGUAGCGACAACAGCGUUCGGGGAAGUCUCAACGGAGGAGCGGGAGGUUCCGCGGCCCAUCCUCCGGCCAACGGAGAAGACGAAGCGGACAGCGGAGGAGGAACUCGACGAGCGUCGACUACCGCCACCGCCACCAACAACAAUAACGACACGGGUGACGAUCGGUCGUCGACCCGCUCGUCGACGUCCAACGAGAACGAUUCGUCCAGCAGUAGUCCGGCCGCGACGGAAGCAGUGCUGCCAACCGGGUGGUCAAUGCAGCUUGCGCCCAACGGUCGCGUGUUCUUCAUCGAUCACAACGAGAAGAAGACCUCGUGGGUGGAUCCGCGGACGGGUCGAGCCAGCCCGAUGCCGAACGCGUCCAGCAGUGCGGCCAUCAGUGAUUCGCGCCGUCCGGAGGACGGACUGGCACCACUGCCGGAAGGUUGGGAGGAGCGAGUUCACACCGACGGGCGGAUAUUCUUCAUCGAUCACAACACGCGAACCACCCAGUGGGAGGAUCCCCGCCUGUCGAUGCCAAACGUAGCCGGCCAAGCAGUUCCUUACUCGAGAGAUUACAAGCGGAAGUACGAGUACCUCAAGGGGCAGCUCCGGAAGCCGGCCAACGUCCCGAACAAGAUCGAGAUCAAGGUGCGGCGGGCGUCCAUCCUGGAGGACUCGUACCGCAUCAUCAACUCGAUCACCAAGGUCGAUCUGCUCAAGACGAAGCUGUGGAUCGAGUUCGAGGGCGAAGCGGGCCUGGACUACGGCGGGCUGGCCCGCGAGUGGUUCUACCUGCUGUCGAAGGAGAUGUUCAACCCGUACUACGGGCUGUUCGAGUACUCGGCCAUGGACAACUACACGCUGCAGAUCAACCCGUUCAGCGGGCUGUGCAACGAGGAUCACCUGCACUACUUCAAGUUCAUCGGACGGGUAGCCGGCAUGGCCGUGUACCACGGCAAGCUGCUGGACGCGUUCUUCAUCCGCCCCUUCUACAAGAUGAUGCUCCAGAAGCCGAUCGACCUCAAGGACAUGGAAGCCGUCGACAUGGAGUACUACAACUCCCUGCUCUGGAUCAAGGAGAACGACCCGAGCGAGCUGAUGCUGACGUUCUGCGUGGACGAGGAAACGUUCGGCUACACCAGCCAGCGGGAACUCAAGCCCAACGGCGCCGACAUCGAGGUCACCAACGACAACAAGGACGAGUACAUCAAGCUGGUGAUCGAGUGGCGCUUCGUGGCCCGCGUCAAGGACCAGAUGCAGGCCUUCCUCGAGGGGUUCGGCCAGAUCGUGCCGCUCAACAUGCUGAAGAUCUUCGACGAGAACGAGCUGGAGCUGCUGAUGUGCGGCAUCCAGAGCAUCGACGUCAAGGACUGGAAGCGCAACACGCUGUACAAGGGCGACUACUUUGCGAACCACGUCAUCAUCCAGUGGUUCUGGCGGGCGGUCCUGUCCUUCUCGAACGAGAUGCGCGCCCGGCUGCUGCAGUUUGUGACCGGUACGAGCCGGGUUCCGAUGAACGGCUUCAAGGAGCUGUACGGCUCGAACGGGCCGCAGAUGUUCACGAUCGAGAAGUGGGGCACGCCGGAGAACUACCCAAGGGCGCACACGUGCUUCAACCGGCUGGAUCUGCCCCCGUACGAGAGCUAUCUGGCGCUAAAGGACCGACUGAUUAAAGCAAUCGAGGGCAGCCAAGGCUUUGCCGGAGUGGACUAAGCGCGCGGCAUGUCAAAACAAGGACAACAAACAAACAACAACAAAAGGUUUGCGCUUUAUGUAUAUGUAAAUAUUUAUUAAACAAGCAAGAAGAUAUCGCAAAAUGGAAUCAUUCCGAACCCUCCCGGAAGCAAAAUAAUAGCAACUUACACACACUCACACAAUGACAUUAAUGCAAAUUGUUAGAGCACUUUGCAGCAAUCAAGGAAAAAUAAAAGAUUUAUUUUUGAGAGUCCCCCUUCCGCAAACUCCUCUCUUCUAUUUUAGAAAACAAAACUCUAAAUUUUAGCUAGCAACACUCACACACACACACACAUACAUGACAAUCGGUUGACAAGCAUCUUCUGUUAAACACACCCACACACAGACAUCCAGACGAAAUAAUUCGAGUGAGUCACACGGAAAAAAACUCUUCAGCUGCCAAAACCACAUCUUCGAAGUAGCUUCGAUUGUUUGUUCUAUGUCUCUCCUUUGAAAACGAAAACCAAAUUUUUGUGUAGUCUGUAAAAGCAUCACAUUUUUACCUGUUUGUAGUUGGAAAUUUAAAAUUAAAAAAAAUCUGUGUUAGUUGAGAAAAAAAAAACAAAGUAACCUUACACGAACAAAAAAUAUCAAAAAGUCAUGUUGAAGCGCGUGCGUGCGCGC